AUGGUGGCGGACGGCCUCGCUCCGCACCAGCCAACGCAAGCAGGGACCACAACUUCAGCCAGGCAGCCAAGGCAAGCACGCACGGACCACGACUCCAGCCGACCCAAGCAGGGACCCCGACGCCAGCCAGGCAGCCAGCCAAGGCAGGCAGGAGCCUGGACUCCAGCGAGCCAGAUAGCCAAGGCAGGCAGGCAGGCACCACGAGACCAGCCGACACAAGCAGGGACCACGAGACCAGCCAGCCAAGGCAGGCAGGCAGGGGCCGGGACUCCAGCCAGCCAGCCAGCCAAGGCAGGCAGGGUCUGGGACUCCAGCCAGGCAGCCAAGGCAGGCAGGCAGGGACCACGAGUCCAGCCGACACAAGCACGGACCACGACUCCAGCUGAUGCAAGAGGGACCACGACUCCAGCCGACCCAAGCAGAGGCCACGACUCCAGCCAGCCAGCCAGACGAGGCAGGCAGGCAGGGGCCGGGACUCCAGCCAGCCAGCCAAGGCAGGCAGGCAGGGGCCACGACUCCAGCCAGCCAGCCAAGGCAGGCAGGCAGGGGCCACGACUCCAGCCAGCCAGCCAAAGGCAGGCAGGCAGGGGCCUGGACUCCAGCCAGCCAGCCAAUGCAGGCAGGCAGGGGCCACGACUCCAGCCAGUCAGCCAAGGCAGGCAGGCAGGGGUCACGACUCCAGCCAGUCAGCCAAGGCAGGCAGGCAGGGGCCGGGACUCCAGCCAGCCAGCCAAGGCAGGCAGGCAGGGGCCACGACUCCAGCCAGCCAGCCAAGGCAGGCAGGUAGGGGCCUGGACUCCAGCCAGCCAGCCAAGGCAGGCAGGCAGGGGCCACGACUCCAGCCAGCCAGCCAGUGCAGGCAGGCAGGGGCCACGACUCCAGCCAGCCAGCCAAGGCAGGCAGGCAGGGGCCGGGACUGCAGCCAGCCAGCCAAGGCAGGCAGGCAGGGGCCACGACUCCAGCCAGCCAGCCAAGGCAGGCAGGCAGGGGCCACGACUCCAGCCAGCCAGCCAAAGGCAGGCAGGCAGGGGCCUGGACUCCAGCCAGCCAGCCAAUGCAGGCAGGCAGGGGCCACGACUCCAGCCAGUCAGCCAAGGCAGGCAGGCAGGGGCCACGACUCCAGCCAGUCAGCCAAGGCAGGCAGGCAGGGGCCGGGACUCCAGCCAGCCAGCCAAGGCAGGCAGGCAGGGGCCACGACUCCAGCCAGCCAGCCAAGGCAGGCAGGUAGGGGCCUGGACUCCAGCCAGCCAGCCAAGGCAGGCAGGCAGGGGCCACGACUCCAGCCAGCCAGCCAAGGCAGGCAGGCAGGGGCCGGGACUCCAGCCAGCCAGCCAAGGCAGGCAGGCAGGGGCCACGACUCCAGCCAGCCAGCCAAGGCAGGCAGGCAGGGGCCUGGACUCCAGCCAGCCAGCCAAGGCAGGCAGGCAGGGGCCACGACUCCAGCCAGCCAGCCAGUGCAGGCAGGCAGGGGCCACGACUCCAGCCAGCCAGCCAAGGCAGGCAGGCAGGGGCCGGGACUCCAGCCAGCCAGCCAAGGCAGGCAGGCAGGGGCCACGACUCCAGCCAGCCAGCCAAGGCAGGCAGGCAGGGGCCACGACUCCAGCCAGCCAGCCAAGGCAGGCAGGCAGGGGCCACGACUCCAGCCAGCCAGCCAAGGCAGGCAGGUAGGGGCCUGGACUCCAG